AUGACCACGGAGAGCAAUGGCUCUGAGCAUGGCUCUGCGGACUUCUCUCACACGGCACUUGCAGAACAGAACAUGGGCAUCAUCGAUAUACACCAGGGCAGGAGAAAGGGGAAGUGGGAGAGGAGGUUUGAUUUCGCAGACGCUUCUGAGAAAUUCGCUGUGUCAGAGAAGCUAAAAGACCAAACCAAACCCCUAAAAAUACCCCGCCCGGGCCGCCGAAGGGGCGCAGCGGGGAGGGCGGGACCCCGAGAAAGCCCUUCUUCCGCAAAGCGGCCGAGCUCCGGUUCCCUCUCACCGGCCCCUCCCCCGAGCCGCCGCGGGCCCUUUAAGGGCGGAGAGCCGGCCGAGCUGCGGGUCCGCGUGCGGCUGCCCGACGGCCAGGUGACAGAGGAGACCCUGCAGGCGGACAGCGAGGCCGACAGCAUCAGCCUGGAGCUGCGCAAGCCCGAUGGCACCCUAGUCACCUUUACCGCCGACUUCAAGAAGGAUGUGAAAAUCUUCAGAGCCCUGAUCCUGGGGGAGCUGGAGAAGGGGCAGAGUCAGUUCCAGGCUCUCUGCUUUGUCACCCGGCUGCACCACAAUGAGAUCAUCCCCAGUGAGGCCAUGGCCAAGCUGCGGCAGAAAAACCCACGGGCAGUGCGGCAGGCUGAGGAGGUGCGGGCCCCAGAACAGCUGCACAUGGACAUCGCUGUGAACUUCAGCCAGGGGGCCCUGCUGAGCCCCCAUCUCCACAAUGUGUGCGCCGAGGCCACAGAUGCCAUCUACACCCACCAGGAGGAUGUCCGGUUCUGGCUGGAGCAAGGUGUGGACAGCUCUGUGUUUGAGGCUCUACCCAAGACCAUGGAGCAGGCAGAGCUCCCUCACUGCAGGCAGGUGGGGGACCACGGGAAGCCCUGUGCCUGUCACUACAGCCUGAGCCUGGCCUGGUACCCCUGCAUGCUGAAGUACUGCCACAGCCGCGAGCGGCCCGCGCCGUACAAGUGCGGCAUCCGCAGCUGCCAGAAGAGCUACAGCUUCGACUUCUACGUGCCCCAGAGGCAGCUGUGUCUCUGGGAUGAGGACCUCUAGUCCGGCUGUGGGGGUGGCUGCUCAGGGCCCGCCUCUCCUCCCCUGGCCACCUGAGGCCUUACUUCUUUUCCGUGCCCCUGGCCUUGAAGCCUUGGGGCCCCUGUAUGGUAUGACUGUGAAAGGGGGUACACAGCAGGGUGACUCAUGAAGGCAGCCCCUAUACCCCCACCCAGUGCCUUCCUUGGGGGCAGAGAGGGACAGCGCAGUUCUCUAAACGUGUACCCCACCCUCCAUUACCCCUGAAGUGUUCACUUUCAAGUAACCAAAAUGUGACAGCCUAGGAUUCCUCUCUGGGACCCUGUAGACCCUAAGAGGGGUCUCUCUGCCUGCGGCACCCACCUCACCACACACUUCUAGAAGGACCUGGCCCUGCCGCACCUUCUCUUUCCACACCAGCGAGGGGAUCCUUUACCCCAAAGUGGGGGCCAUUGUGGCCCAUGCCAUGGCUGUGUGUGGAGCCAGCUGAGAAACCUGCCACCCUGAGACCAACCAUUGUGCCUUUCCACAGACCAGGACUUCGCCACCAGAGCCAGCACCAGCUCCUCUGCCUUCUAAACAGAAAUAUUUCUGUAAGAUUCUGGGGUAAGGAGGGAGCAUGAAGUAUGAGGGAAACUUGAAUUCCAGAUUUUUAAUACAAAGUAUUUAUCAUUUGUACCAGAAAUAAAAGUUUAAAUUUUUACUUGUCUGACAAGCACGAGACAUGGAAGUCUGAGAGAAUUUUUUGUCCAAUGCUGCCACCUGGUGUCAGAAGUGUUCCCCUGCACCAUCGGCGAGCAGUCUGGGGACAGCAACUCAAAAGCACCUACUGUGAGCUCUGCCAUUUGAGGAGUGAGGGGAGGUGCAGGGACGGUGCAUUCCUAGGGAAGGAAGGAUAAGAUGAAACCUCUGCACUCCUGAGGAUGAGGCAAGAGGCUGAGGCUAUAGCUUCAUGGCUGAGGAUAUCCCGGGCUUGGGUUCUGUCUCCAGCGCUGAAGAGAAACACCAUAGUAAGUGCCAGCACAAAGCAAGAGCAAGUCAGGAACCAGACAUCAUUCACAUCCAGGUCCUAUUGCCUACUUGCUGUUCAUUCUUGGGUCCCAGCUAUAACAUUUAAUUUAUGAGAUCAAGGUGAAUUUAUGGAAGUGUCAAGUGCGCAGUGAGUCCUGUGUUAGCCAUUUUUCACGUCACUGGUGUUAGUGGAAAGAGCAGACACUGCCUCAUCCGUGGAACUGAUCGCCAAGCCGCACAUGUGGAAGGCUCUUCACUUCCUAAGCAUCUUCUAAUACGAGAGGUUGCGAUGGGGAUUGCUGGGCAGGUGCUAGAGGCCUUGGGAAGGAGGCUGUGUGGCUUGCGUUUGUCGGGGACAGCUUACUGGAAGAUACGGAGUGAGGGCUGAGGCUGAAGGACAACAGUUUAGCAAGGUGGAGGCAGGAGGCCUUUGGGGGCAGGAAGGCUUCAGCUCCUGAAGAGGGAGGUGGCACAAUCAGAUCUUUCUCAAAGGCCUUGGGGAGGGACAGGGCCAGCAGGGCAGCCCCUCUCUGCUGGCAGGCUGUGGCCCAGGUGGCAUAGGUGGAGGUCACUGGGGAGGCACCUUUGCAGGUGGGUAUGUGUUUAUGGAUUCAGGACCUGCUUCAUCCCAGCCUUUUCUCCUUCCCCCUCCUGUCCAAUCCAGGGCCUCAGUCCUGAGCCCCAUCUACUGCUCCAGGAGAAAAGGGACACACGGAGAAGGCCCAACCCAAGCCUUGUGUGUGCUGUCAUUGACAGUGGAGUCCCCGAGCUCUAUACUGUCCACAGGUGCUUUUAAAUAAACAAUUUUUUAAUAUU